AUGAGUGAGGAAAAGAAAAAAACUGAACGAAAUCACUUCAAAAACGAUAAGUCGACGCUAGCGGUUCAUGAUGCCGGAUUCCCGGCGUUGCCAGCUGCAGGCACUGAUAACAUGCUUAUGCCAUAUCCUUCACCUGAGAGAUACGAUGAGGCAUUAAGAAGAGGAAGUAAGAAAGGUGGCGCUGGAGCUAUAAUUGAUGAAAUACCUUAUAUAAAGUUGUUCCUUGCUAAAUAUCCACGUGAUUACGCCAUGAUUGACUCCCAAGAGACGACUAAUGGCUUUGCUUUUGCUUUCCAAAAAGGUUCACCGUUGGUCCAUGAAAUGUCAAGAGCAAUUGCCAGCCUCAGAGAAAAGGGAAAACUUCUGGAAAUCGAAAAGAAAUGGUUUCGAAGUCAAUCAACAUCGUUAUCUCGUGACAUUGAAACGAAUACGAGCAGGCCUCUAGGCGUUAAUAGGUUCUUUGGUCUAUUUCUUAUUAGUGGGAUCUCUAAAGCCGUGGCUAUUCUUCUAUUUUUCAUAUUCUUACUUCAUCAAAAACUGUCCAAAUACUAUAUUUUCAGAUGUUGUCGAGAAAAGAACUGA